UUUGUGGACAGAGCCCACCGUUACUCAUCUACGCUCAUUUCACUCCGAGUUGCAUUGGGAAAGAAGACUGUACCUGUGCCUUGGGAAUUUAAAUCUGAUCAUUAUCAAAGCCAACCUGAUUUAGGAAAACAAUCUUAUGAAGGGAGAGAGAAUAUCAAUCUAAAGAAGCUUCAUCUGACAUAUCUUGCAACAGGCCCCAUCACUGCGUGUCAGAAAAAACGGCAACAUGACUGAAGUGAUGAGCGCGGCGGAUGUGUCUGUAGGCACGAUGCAUGAAAACAACACAGAUGAUGCUAAUGAAACACAGAACGUAACUAAUGACAAAAACCAUGAAGAGGAAGAAAACACAACGGGCUCAGCAGAAAAGCGUGACAGCAGUUGCAUGAACGAGGAGAUGAACAAUGUUGCAGAUAAACCACAGAAGACCACGCAACCAGAGAAGGUAAAGACUACGGACAGAGCAAGGAAGCGCGAGAGGGUACAAAAAAAUGAAGCAAACAUCACACAGGUGGACGAUAUGAAUGAUGUGGGUGAUGAAUUACAUGACACUGAUGUGACGAAUAUGUCAGACGUGGCAUUUAAACAAGAGAAACUGCUUAAAACAUCUAAGCCCAUACUGAGGAGUUACGUUCCCAAGUUGGGCAAAGAAGAUGUAAAGAAUAAAUUUGAGGCCAUGCAGAAAGCUAGAGAAGAGAGAAACCAAAAGAGAAGUCAGGAUGAGCAAAAGAAACGCAGGGAACAGUACGUUAAAGAGAGAGAAUACAAUCGCAAGAAGCAAAUGAUAAAAGAACUUCUCGCCUCCAGCGAUGAAGAAGAGGAGGUGAAACCGGCCAAGAUAGAAAAAUCAUACGUUCCCAAGAUUACAGGCAGUGUAAAGGGGAAGUUUGCAGAGAUGGAGAAACAGAGGCAAGAGGUGGAGAGGAAAAAAACAGAAGAGGAGAGAAAGAAGCGGGCUGCACAGGAGGCUUUAGAGAAGGCCAAGAUUCAGAAAGAAUUGGCCAAGAAAGCCGAAGAGGAAGGCGAUGAGAGCAUUUUGGUAAGAGUGGUGCCCGCAAAAUCACAGAAAGCCCCAGGAAAAAUAAAGAUCAACUUUGAAGACAUGGAGAAGAACCGAGAGGAAGAACUAAAGAAGCGAACAGAGGAGGAGAAGAAAAAGAGAUAUGAUGAGAACCGCCGGUCUUUCCGCGAGGCCAAGAGACGCUCCGUCGUUGAACAAGAGGAUACAGAGUCUCUGCCAAAAGAAAAGGAGCAGGCGACUCCUGGAAAACUGCGCCUGACCUUUGAAGAGCAGGAGAAAGAGAGACAGGAGCAGCAGAAAAAACAGGCAGAAGAGGAGGCCAGACGGAGACUGGAGGAGGAGAAAAAAGCCUUUGAAGAGGCAAAGCUGGGCAUGGUCCCAGAUGAAGACGAAGGUCAGGUCACCCAGGAGAAGAAGGAAGAAUUCAGGCCUGGUAAACUGCAGCUCAGCUUUGAAGAGCUAGAAAGACAAAGGGUGGAAGAUGAACAUAAACGAGUGGAAGAAGAACGAAAGAGACGAAUUGAAGAAGAGAAAAAGGCCUUUGCAGAGGCCAGAAAGAGCAUGAUUAUUGAUAGUGACGAUGACAUCCUGCUGGCCAAGAUAAACUCAGACGGGGCCAAACCCGGGAAGUUGGCCAUCAGCUUUGAGGACCUGGAAAGACAGAGACAAGAAGAGGAGCAGAAAAGAAAAGAGGAAGAGGCCAAGAAACGCCUGGAGGAAGAGAAAAGACUUUUCGCCGAAGCACGCAAAAGCAUGAGCCCAGGACUGGAUCGGGAUAAUGUAACUGGAAAUGGAGAUGAAAAAGUGCCAGAUGAUGAUGAUAAAUCUCUAGUACGAACAGAGUCACAGGAAGCAAUGCAUCCUGGGAAACUUGAAAUCAACUUUGAAGAGAUGCUAAAAAUGAAAGAAGAUGCAGAGAGGAAGCGCAAACAGGAGGCCAGACGCCAGAAAAUGGAGAUGGAGAAGAAAGAGUUUGAACAGCUGCGGCAAGAGAUGGGCGAGGAUGAGAUUAAUGAAAGCACUGAGGUGGUGAGCAAUGAGUACGAAGAGCUGACAAAGCUGAAGCGGACCGGUUCAAUUCACGCCAAAUCCCUGAAAUCCAAGUUUGAAAAGAUUAAGGAGCUCACAGAGGAGGAGAUCCAGAAAAAGAUUGAGGAGGAAAGAGCACGAAGGAAAGAAAUUGAUGAGAAAAUCAAGGAGAGGGAGGCUGAGCGAUGUCAGGAGGAUGAAGAAGAUGACAAAACAACCCCAGUUAAGGCAGAGGAUGUCCCAUUCAGACAGAAAGUGGACAUGCGUGCACGGUUCGAACAAAUGGCAAAAGCCCGAGAAGAGGAGCAGAAGAAAAGAAUCGAAGAGCAGAAGAUACAGAGGAUGCAGUUUGAACAACAAGAGAUUGACGCUGCUCUUCAAAAAAAAAAGGAAGAAGAGGAGGAUGAUGAAGGUAGCAUCAUCAAUGGUUCUGCUGCCUAUGAAGACGAAGAAGACCAUGCCAGGUCGGGUGCUCCAUGGUUUAAAAAACCCCUGAAGAAUCAGUCGGUGGUUGACGCAGAGCCCGUACGGUUCACAGUGAAGAUCACCGGUGAACCCAAACCGGAGGUCACCUGGUGGUUUGAGGGUGAGCUGCUUCCAGACUCAGAAGACUACCAGUACAUUGAGAGAGGAGAGACUUACUGCCUGUACCUCCCAGAAACCUUUCCUGAAGAUGAAGGAGAGUACAUGUGCAAAGCCGUCAACAGCCGUGGCACAGCUGCCAGCACCUGCAUUCUUACCAUUGAAACUGAGGACUACUGAUGCUCUCUUCCUCUGGAUCUUUCCCAGACUAUUUUUUUCUUUUGUAAAAGUUCAUUUCUCACAGUAGGGCCAAAAACCGACGAGGAAGGAGCUGUAUUUCUUUUUUUUGCCAUUCCUCCGGAAGAUACGCUCGAUGAUUAAGUGCAAUCCGCUGUUUACAUAAGACGUUGCACUCACGGUUAACAGGAAAACUGGGAUGAAUUUGUGCCAAAACACAGAUAUUGUUCCCAUGGUCUUUUGGUGUUGCAUAGCAUUACUGAUCAGCAUCACUGCAUAGCAUAACUGAAAAAAAUAAUAAUAAAUAGAGUAGGACAGUAUGACAUAAUCCCACUAAACCCUAAGGAUGGAUUUCAAACCCAUAUGAUAGAAUGAAUGAAUGAGAAAUAUUACUUGAGAGUUGAAUUCAGUAUUUGUUAUUAUAGUCUUCCUGUAAAGGGGGCUGAGGUUGCAUCUUUUUUUUUUAAUUCCUAUAAGCACCUCUGUUGAGACUCUGACUUUUUCACUUUGUGAUUUAAAUAUUGCAAGUUUUUCAUAUAAUGUACACAUUGAGCUUUAAUGUCCCUGGAUGUUUCUAUAAUAUCCCCCAGUGUAGUGAGUAAGUGAAAUGUAUGAAUAAUAGGCUAUAUGUAGGUUAGCAGGAAGUGAUUUUAGUUAGGCAAAGUGUCUGUGUAAUGUACAAAAUUAUAAUAAAAUGAAUAAAACCUAA